UUCAAUUUCUAAUCAGAAUUUAGUGUAGCUCUAUUUUAUUGCUCCCUAGUUCUUUCAAAAUUAUUGUUAAAUAAAUGUAUUUGAGGGGAGUAUAAUGAAUAAAGCUAUAGAUUCAUAAAUACUAAUAACUUGCAAAGGUGUCUCUCGUACAAAGUAUAAAUACUGAGUCUUUAAAAUAUUCAAGACUAUAUUAAUUAUCCUGAAAGAUGUCUUCCGUACCGGCAGCUGAUGAAAAUGAAAUUGAUGAAGCGAAAGAACGCGCCCAUUUUCAAGCCGUUGUAAACGCUUUCAGAUAUUACAAAUUAUGCUGUCUCGAUAGGAUACACAAAUCAGAGAAGAUAAUAUCAGUGCUACCGAAAUCACAUCAAGAACGGCUGACUAAGUACCAGGCCUACCUUACCAAAUUCAAAAAUUGUUUGGAUGUUAAUAACAGCAUAGUACACCUUAUAAUAAAGCAUGUUGACACUAUGUUUGAGAAUGUGGAUCACAGCAUUGAUGUUGCUGAGACAAAUGGUGCUGAGAAGUUUGGAUGCAACUACAAUAACUGUGAGAUUACUGUGCAGAAGCAGCACAAAAUGCAGCAUGAUGUUGAGAAGGUCCAGUCAGUUCUAAAGAAUAUAGUCCGCGAUUGGAGUGAAAUGGGUGCUCCGGAACGAGAACAGUGCUACCAACCUAUCCUGGAUGAAUUAGAAGACAGAUAUCCUAUUGAAGAUUUUAGUAACCGUUCACAAGUCAAAGUGCUGGUGCCCGGUGCUGGUCUAGGCAGGCUGGCUUGGGAAGUGGCCGCGCGAGGUUUUACCUGCCAGGGCAAUGAGUUCUCGCUCUUCAUGCUGUUUGCAAGUAACUUUAUCCUGAACAAAUGCCAUGAGGCUAACCAGUACAUGGUCUACCCCUGGCUGCAUCAGUACGUGAACCAUAUGACGAGCGAGCACCAGAUCGUCCCCGCGAAGUUCCCGGAUGUGUCGCCUUCGUGCCACCAGUCAAACUUCUCGAUAGCUGCUGGGGAUUUCCUUAAGGUAUACACACUGACAGAUGAAUGGGACUGUGUUGCCACAUGCUUCUUCAUUGACUGCGCGCCGAACGUAAUAGAGUUUAUCGAGAGGAUAUAUGACAUACUGCGGCCUGGGGGUAUGUGGAUCAACCUGGGACCGCUGCUCUACCAUUAUAGUGACAUGCCAAAUGAGAUUAGUAUAGAGCCGCCAUACGAUAUUCUAGUCGACAUUAUUAAGGAUGUGGGCUUCGAAAUGGUGAAGCAGCGAACGGGCGUUAAAACGAAAUACGCACAAAAUCCUCACUCAAUGUUACAACACGAGUACGAUUCCGUUUACUUUGUGUGUAUGAAGCCUUAUGCCUGAAUAAUUCCCGAAGACUUCCCAUCGCUCCCGUGCCGAAGUAACUGUGGGUGGCUUUUAGCAAGGGAUGCUGGUACCACAGCGUCGCCAUUUUCUGUCAUUAAGUGUGAAAACACCCUUUUUCAGUUUAAAACGCGCCGUAGCUAUUGAAAUUACUGGACAAAUGAGACUUAACAUCUUAUGUCCCAAAGUGACGACCGCAAUUAUAGUGCCGUUCAGAGGUUUUGGGUUUUUCAAGAAUCCUGAACAGCACUGUAUUAUAAUGGGCAGGGCGUAUCAAUUACGAUCGUCUGAACGUCCUGCUCAUUUCGUUCCUUAUUGUCAUAUAUAUAAUCAAUAUAUAUCAAUAAACUUCACGCCGGUAUAGAAGUGCCGAGUGUGGAAUUUACGCCACCUGUGGUAAAGUCGCCUCUUACGACACUUGGGCCUGGGACUUCCUUUUACAAAAGAAGCACAGGGCGUUGGCAUUGCUUUGUAAUGUAGAUAUGACGUAUCAUAAAUUAUCUGGUGAUCGUCUCGCACGGCUCGUGACUUUUCGUCAUAAAAAAUUACAGAAAUUGUGAAAUUUGUAUUUUUCCUUCCUUCCGAUUGUAUAUCUGUAAUCUAAUUUGAUAUGUAUUAUUUGUGAGUAGUUUCAGAUGACUGUUGUAUUUUCUAUUUUCACGGGACAAUGUCGUAGAUCAUUCUGAUAACUGUUGUAUUUUUUUUUCACGGGACAAUGUCGUAAAUGAUACUGAUGACUGUUGUGUUUCCUGUUUUCACGGGACAAUGUUGUAAAUGAUACUGAUGACUGUUGUAUUUUCCGGUUAUUCCCGUGACAAAGUCGUAAAUGAUACUGAUAACUGUUGUGUUUCCUGUUUUCACGGGACAAUGUUGUAAAUGAUACUGAUGACUGUUGUAUUUUCCGGUUAUUCCCGUGACAAAGUCGUAAAUGAUACUGAUGACUGCUUUAUUUGCUGAUUUCACGGGACAAUGUUGUAAAUGAUACUGAUAACUGUUGUGUUUCCUGUUUUCACGGGACAAUGUUGUAAAUGAUACUGAUGACUGUUGUAUUUUCCGGUUAUUCCCGUGACAAAGUCGUAAAUGAUACUGAUGACUGCUUUAUUUGCUGAUUUCACGGGACAAUGUUGUAAAUGAUACUGAUAACUGUUGUGUUUCCUGUUUUCACGGGACAAUGUUGUAAAUGAUACUGAUGACUGUUGUAUUUUCCGGUUAUUCCCGUGACAAAGUCGUAAAUGAUACUGAUGACUGCUUUAUUUGCUGAUUUCACGGGACAAUGUUGUAAAUGAUACUGAUAACUGUUGUGUUUCCUGUUUUCACGGGACAAUGUUGUAAAUGAUACUGAUGACUGUUGUAUUUUCCGGUUAUUCCCGGGACAAUGUUGUAAAUGACACUGAUGACUGCUUUAUUUGCUGAUUUCACGGGACAAUGUUGUAAAUGAUACUGAUAACUGUUGUGUUUCCUGUUUUCACGGGACAAUGUUGUAAAUGAUACUGAUGACUGUUGUAUUUUCCGGUUAUUCCCGGGACAAUGUUGUAAAUGACACUGAUGACUGUUUUAUUUGCUGUUUUCACGGGAAAAUGUCGAAAAUGAUACUGAUGACUUGUAUUUUCUGGUUAUUCCCGUGACAAAGUCGUAAAUGAAACUAAUGACUGUUGUAUUUUCUGUUGUCACGGGACAAUGUCGUAAGUUAUACUGGUGACUGUUGUUUUUUCCGGUUAUUCCCGUGACAAAGUCGUAGAGUCACGAAACACUGUGAUGAAUGUUGUAUUGUUUGCAUGUAAGUGUCUAAAUUAUUUAAAACGACACUCAUUAAAUCAUGUUAAUUUGAACGGAUUAAGUAUAUUAUUUGAAUUGGUAGAGAUGUAAGAGUCUUCUAACCAUAUCGGUGCGUUUUCCCGCCGCCAAACAGUAGCUGUGUUAUUAAUAAACUAAUAAACGCGAAGUAAAGUUAUUCCAACUUUUAAACUUUUUGUCUUUAUCUUAACUUUGUCACGACAGAAUUACAUCAUAGGAACAAGUAAUUUUACACUUGGAGUAACAUUACAUUGCGUUUAUUGAUAUAGCUAGUGACAAAAUUGGGCUCUUGGGACUAAGCUGUAAUCUAGCUUUCUCGAAAACCUGAGCAGCACUGUAUUUACUUCACAUCAAGUGAAAUUGUUGCUCGUCUUGUAAUAAUUUCUCAUAAAAAAAGUAUAGAACCCCAAGGUUGGGUUGCAUCAACUAACUUUAGCAGUAACAAACAUGUUAAAGUACCGGUUAAGCAAAAAAUGUGUUGCACCAUUUGAGAAUUUUUAGAUGAUGUCACAACUUUAAUUGUUAACCGUAACCGUCCAAUCUUCGCCGGUUAAAGCUAUUAUUAUUCGAAUAAAUAUUCAAUAUUGACUUGAAAUUCCACUUUUUAAGAAGAAGUAGUCAGCGUUACUGUUAACGUUAAAUUUGACUUAAACCAAAACUAUAACAGCUAAUAUGAUGCAACACAGCCUUAAUAGUGCACCGUUUUAUGUUUGUCUGUUGUUUAUGCAAUAAUAAAUUGCUGCCAACUUUUUGAGACGGAGUUAUUUUACGCGACUUACAAUAGAGUAAACUGGUUGGAAACGUGACGUAACGAAAAAGCGUUACACCUCAAAACAUUGCGUGGCGUUGUAUUCAAAGCGCGGUCGUAACACAACUGAACGAAAACUCUGCCAAAUGGACGCGUAAGCAGAGUUCUGCUUCAGACAAUUAAGGAGCGUGAUUGUAAGUGUAGUUGUUUAUUGUACGUAUUGCUUAAUUACAUACAAAAAAGAAAUGACAGAUUACAAUAGAGUUGCAUGGAGGGACCAUGUCGCUUAUUCCUUACAUCAUAAAAAUAAUAAACAAUCAUAAUAUCAAUAUCAAAUUAGUCAAAGAAGCCUGAAGAACUCGGGCAUGAUGUGUCCCCAAACCGCCUUUUUUUGCAAAUAAUCUGUGGCAGUUGUGAAAAUAAGUACUUGUAUAUUGUAUAUAUUAAUUAGCAUGUAAGAUAAUUCAGUAUAAAAUGUUCCCAGCAAGUAUUAGUUUAAAUCGGCAUCGUAUCCAAAGUGUAUAAGAAUUAAUAAGUAUUCGCAUGUACCAUAUAAAGAGAUUAAAGUUUAUUAUAUAA